AAGGAGAACAUCGUUGCUCUGCCGCUGUCAUUGUUGAGCCACUGUUAUUCCACCAUCAAGACGAAGAGGGAUCUCAAGACAUUAACCGCUACUCAAAUUAAUCAGGAUGUCCCGAGAGCAGCAGGCGGUGGCUCGUGCCAGAAAAGCCUUUGAAACAGGAAGGUCCAAAUCUGUAGAGCACCGCAUCCGCCAGCUGAAGAACCUGCAGAGGUUAUUCACUGAGAAACAGAGUGUGAUUUCAGCUGCAGUCAAGAAAGAUCUCAAUAAGAGCGAAGCGGGGACACAGCUGUAUGAGACUCUGGGUCUGGAGGGGGAGCUCAACACGGCCAUCAAACAUCUGAAGGAGUGGGCGGCCCCUCGGCCCGUUGAGAAGAACCUGCUGACCAUCUCGGACACCGUCUACAUCAAACCAGAGCCGCUGGGCGUGGUGCUCAUCAUCGGAGCCUGGAACUAUCCCUGGGCCGUCACCAUCCAGCCGCUCAUAGGAGCCAUCGCCGCUGGUAAUGCAGCUGUGAUCAAGCCCUCCGAGGUGUGUGUUCACACUGCAAAGGUCAUGGAGGACCUGCUGCCACUCUACAUCGACAAAGAGCUUUACCCCGUAGUGACUGGAGGAGUUUCAGAGACCCAGGAGCUGCUGCGUCAGAGGUUUGAUCACAUCUUCUACACCGGAAACAGCGUGGUGGGCAAACUGAUCAUGGAGGCUGCUGCCAAAAACCUGACGCCUGUCACCCUGGAGCUGGGAGGAAAGAGCCCGUGCUACAUCGACAAGAACUGUGACUUAACCAUAGCCUGCAGGCGUGUUGCCUGGGGAAAGUACACUAACUGUGGUCAGACCUGCAUCGCACCAGACUACAUCCUGUGUGAGCCCAGCAUCCAGGACCGGGUCAUCGAGGAGGUCAAGAAGGCCAUAAAGGAGUUCUACACAGACAACCCAAAGACAUGUCCCGACUACGGACGCAUCAUCAACCAGCGCCACUUCAAGAGGAUCAUGAACAUGUUGGAAGGCAGCACUGUCGCUGCAGGAGGAGACAACGAGGAGUCUGACUGCUACAUAGCCCCCACAGUUCUGCGGGACGUGAAGCCAGAGGCGAAGGUGAUGCAGGAGGAGAUUUUCGGACCUCUGCUUCCCAUAUUGUCGGUCAGUGGCUUGGAUGAAGCAAUCAAGUUCAUCAACAAGGGAGAGAAACCGCUGGCCCUCUACUGCUUCUCAUCAGAUAACAAGGUGAUAAACAGAAUGACAGACGAGACAUCCAGCGGAGGAUUUCUGGCCAACGACUGUCUCGUACACUUUUCUGUAGGCUCUCUGCCUUUUGGAGGAGUCGGAAACAGCGGUAUGGGCUGCUACCACGGGAAGUACAGCUUCGACCAGCUGAGCCACCUGCGCAGCUGUCUUAUCAAAAAGCUGAACAUGGAGGGUGUGAACAGAAUGCGCUACCCCCCUCACACAUCCAAGAAACUGGGCUGGGCCCGCUUCUUCAUCCUGAACAGCGUGGACCUGGGCUGGGUUGGACGGAUGGCGCUCCUGGCCGUGAUGGCUGUGGUGGCUGCUGUCGUGCUGCAGUAUUAUCUCCUUUGAAGACCUCCCACUCCUUUCCAGACAACAAGUGUGCCUUUUAAAGAGAAGAGCAACGUGCAUUUCAAACCAUUUCAUCAAGGAGACUGAACCAAUCAGAUCAGCGUCUCACAGGACUGCUGUCUCAGGUUCAGGGUGUUGUGUUAUCCAGUGUCACCUAGCUCACUGCAGCAAGCAGCUUAUUUUAAUGAAGGUAAUUAUUUAUUCCCAUGAAUGCACACUUAAGUACUUUAAAAAAAUCAUUUCAACUUUUGAAUGUACAAUAUAAUGCUGUGAUUCAACUAAUUAAUGCUUUUAAAUGUAAAAUAGAAAUGCUGUGAUUUGGCUAAUGAAUGCUUUUAAAUGUGAAUAAUUACAGUUAUACACACAGGCAGAAUCAGAAUAAAGAAUGUUUUACUUAAGGGCCGAGAAAAUGAAGUAAGUUGAUAUUGCUGAAUAAUGAAGCUGUUUUUAACAUGUAGGAGUUACCUACAGUUCACAUUGUGUCCUCUCCAUUUCAAUGAUAGAUGAUCCAUUAACUAAACAUUCAGCCUGAAGGUACUUCUGUCCAGUGAAGGUUUGUUUUCCUCACAGUGACAGCAGAGAUGCAGAACAUUUGUCCAGACUUCCUGUAGUUGACAAACACCUGAAAUAAUCUAACACAAUUAUAUGAAGGAUGUCUUUAUGUCUUUUUUCUAAGAACACCAUAUGCCUGUAACAAAUUUAAAUGUGUAAAUUGUUUGUUAAAUUUUAAACAACUUGAUGUUC